AUGUUCAGCAAUAUUCUAAAACAGAGGACGCUCAUCCUCUUCACUCGCUCGACGAGUGCUCGUGGUCUCGCGACUCAUGUUGGCCCAUCGGUGCUCACUCCGAGGGCAACACCAGCCGUCUUACACCUUAAAACCGGUCAAUCUUUCACCGGAAAGUCUUUUGGCAGCAAGAAGAGCAUCUUUGGGGAAACCGUCUUUUCGACCUCUAUCACUUCCUACACGGAAUCAAUGACAGACCCGUCUUAUCGAGGGCAAAUUCUCGUCUUUACGACCCCAAUGAUAGGCAACUAUGGCGUACCAGGCAACACGGCACCAUUCGACAGUCAAGACGUGGGCGUCGUACUCGAAUCCAAAGGAAUCCAAUGCGCCGCCGUCGUCGUCGCAGACCUCGCCGAACGCUAUUCGCACCACGCCGCCGUCGAGUCACUUCACUCGUGGUGCAAGCGGCACGACGUCCCUGGUAUCACAGGUGUCGAUACGCGUGCUAUCACGCGCAUCCUACGUGACCAAGGUACGACUCUCGGCCGAUUGGCGGUCGGUCAGGAUGCAAGCCUUCCUGCGCCUGAUUCAUCUGAAUAUUGGGACCCGACGACGGAAAACUUGGUCGCCCAGGCGUCUACAAAGGAACCGUACACUCUUAACCCGUCUGGUGAUGUCAAGAUUGCCGUGCUCGAUUUUGGUGCAAAAGCCAAUAUCCUCCGUUCGCUCGUCCGCCGUGGUGCGAGUUGCACCGUGUUACCGUGGAACUAUGAUUUCAACUCGAUUAGGGAUCAGUUUGAUGGACUGUUCUUGUCCAAUGGUCCAGGUGAUCCGGCCCAUUGCAUGGAGAGUGCGAUGAUGCUCAGAAAGACGUUUGACGAGUGGGAUAAGCCCAUCUUUGGUAUUUGCAUGGGACACCAGGUCAUUGGAAUGGCUGCUGGUCUCGAGGCGUACCGAAUGACGUUUGGCAACCGUGGCCAUAACCAACCCGUGCUAGCCCUCGCCUCGUCUGGCUCUAUCACGGCUGGUCGCGUCUAUGUGACGAGUCAAAAUCAUCAAUAUGCCCUCAAGCUCCAGGAUCCGUUCCCGAAUGGCUGGGAGCCGUUUUUCAUCAAUUGCAACGACUCUUCGGUCGAGGGCAUCAAGUCGACUCCAGAUUCUGGAAAGAGGAUAUGGGGUGUCCAAUUCCAUCCGGAGAGCGCUGGCGGUCCUCUCGAUACCAUCGAGAUGUUUACCGACUUUUUGGCCGAGUGCAGGAGUCAUAAGAUUAAUAGCAACGUGGAUCGUCAGCAUCAUCAGACCAGCCAGUCGUUCCUGUAG